CUGUAGUAAACAUUUUUUAUUCGCACUAAUCAAUCAACACGUUCUUCUCUUUGUAUGUCUCAAUAUAAUGCUAUAAUUUAAUUAAAUCCAUUUAAAAUAAUCUUUGUGUGAAAAUAAAAUAUGAUCCUCAACUCCGUUUCCCCUCCAGUCAGCAGACGGCGAUGUGCGUCUUUCAGGCGACGCUGCCAGCGUGACGUAUAAUCUAGUGGACGGUUCUUCAGAAACAGCUCGUCAACCACCGUAGCUUGCUAGCCAACAUAGCCUAAAGAUUCAAGCUAUUUAUACGCUUUCGGUCUAUAUUUGCUGCUGUGUUUUAGACACACUUCUGUCGUAUCUACUUGUUUACCUAUUUAAUUUAAUAUUACGUUAUUUUGUAUUAGUCAGAUAUAGCAGCUGGCUGGUUAAGUUAGCACUAGACUAGUCGCUAAUGAUAGAUAGCUAGCUAACAUCUCCGAACAUGAGCUCCCUAAACUACUCCCCUCCUGUUAAAGAAGAGGUCUGCUGGACGGAGAAAGAAGCUCUGGGGCUAAACAUUGUCGUGAAAGAGGAGACGGAAGAGGAGGCUGUCACAGUAAAACAAGAAGUUGGGGGUGAGGCUGUUACAGUGAAAGAAGAGAAAGACUCGUUCAGAGUGAACGAGGAGGAGGAUGUCACAGUAAAACAAGAGGAAGGGAAAGAGGAUGUAGUUUUUGGAGUGAAGAUGGAAGGGGAGAUUACUGUCACAUUGGAAGAUGAGGAGGAUGUUACAGUAAAAGAAGAGGAUGUUACAGUAAAAGAGGAUGUAGUUUUUGGAGUGAAGAAGGAAGGGGAGAUUACUGUCACAUUGAAAGAUGAGGAGGUGGAGAUAGAUCUGAUUAACACCAGAGAGAAACCAGACUCUGACAGCGGGGAGAGUCCUUCAGGGGAACCAGACCCAGAGAUGCCCAAACCAGCGAGACAACACCACUGCUCUCACUGUGUUAAGAGUUUUUGCUGGUCAGGGAACCUAAAACUGCAUGAAAGAACACACACAGGAGAAAAGCCUUUCCAAUGUUCCCAGUGUGGAAAGAGUUUUACCAUGUUAGCUAACCUGAAAAGGCAUGAGAGAAUACACACAGGAGAAAAGCCUUAUCACUGUUCCCACUGUGGAAUGAGGUUUACUCAGACGGGGCACCUAAAAGCUCAUGAGAGAACACACACAGGAGAAAAGCCUUUCCAAUGUUCCCAGUGUGGAAAAAGUUUUACUAAGAAAGGGCAAUUAAAAGAGCAUGAGAGAAUACAUAAAGGAGAAAAGCCAUUCCAAUGUUCCCAUUGUGGAAAGAGUUUUACUCUAAUAGGAAACCUAAAAAAACAUGCAAGACUACACACAGGAGAAAUGCCUUUCCAAUGUUCCCAGUGUGAAAAGAGUUUUGCCGUGUUAGCUAACCUGAAAAGGCAUGAGAGAAUACACACUGGAGAAAAGCCUUACCACUGUUCCCACUGUGAAAAGAGGUUUAUUCAGUUAGGGGACCUAAAAGCUCAUGAGAGGGUACACACAGGAGAAAAGCCUUAUCACUGUUCCCACUGUGAAAAGAGUUUUAUUCAUUUAGGGUACCUAAAAGCUCAUGAGAGGACACACACAGGAGAAAAGCCUUUCCAAUGUUCCCAUUGUGAAAAGACUUUUACCAUUUUAGCUAACCUGAAAAGGCAUGAGAGAAUACACACAGGAGAAAAGCCUUAUCACUGUUCCCACUGUGGGAUGAGUUUUACUCAGACAGGGCACCUAAAAGCUCAUGAGAGGAUACACACAGGAGAAAAGCCAUUCCAUUGUUCCCAUUGUGGAAAGAGUUUUACUAAGAAAGGGCCGUUAAAAGAGCACGAGAGAAUACACACAGGAGAAAAGCCUUUCCAAUGCCCCCAGUGUGGAAAGAGUUUUCCCUGGUUAAGGAGCCUGAAGGAGCAUAAGAAGACACACACCAAAAAAGCCCUACCACUGCUCUCUCUCUGUGUGGAAUGACAUUUUCCCAGUCACAGAACCUGAAAUCACAUGAGACAAUAAAGGUGCUGUGAUCUAACUUUUUUUUUUUGACUGAGAAUUUGUGUUUUUGUUUAUGCCUCAUGAAAUCAUAUUAUUUAUGAUUAUACCUGUCUAUAUAAGGUCCUACAGUUGACAAUGCACGUCAGAGCAAACGCCAAGCAAUGAGGUCAAAGAAAUUGUCCGUAGAGCUCCGAGACAGGAUUGUGUUGAGGGACAGAUAUGGGGAAGGGUACCAAAAAAUAUCUGUAGCAUUGGAUGUCCCCAAGAACACAGUGGUCACCAUCAUUCUUUGAUUGAAGAAGUUUGGUACCACCAAGACUCGCACGGCCAAACUGAGCAAUUGGGGGAGACGGGCCUUAGUCUGGGAGGUGAUCAAGAACCCGAUGGUCACUCUGAUAGAGCUACAGAGUUUCUCUGUGGGGAUGGGAGAACCUUCCAGAAGGACAACCAUCUCUGUAGCACUCCACCAAUCAAGCCUUUAUGGUAGGGUGGCAGGACAGAAGCCACUCCUCAGUAAAAUGCACAUUACAGCCCGCUUGGAGUUUGCCAAAAAGACACCUAAAGACUCUCAGACCAUGAGAAACAAGAUUUCCUGGUCUGAUGAAACCGAUAUUAAAUUAUUUGGCCUGAAUGCCAAGCAUCAUAUCUGAUAUAAACCUGGCACAGCAUCAGGCUGUGAGGAUGUUUUUCAGCGGCAGGAACUCGGAUGCUAGUAAGGAUCGAGAGAAAGAUGGACGGAGCAAAGUGCAGAGAGCUCUAUGGUGAAAACCUGCUCCAGAGCACUCAGAACCUCAGACUGGGGCGAAGGUUCACCUUCCAGCAGGACAACGACCCUAACCAAUCAUCCAAGACAGCGUAGGAGUGGCUUUGGGACAAGUCUCUGAAUAACCUUGAGUGGCCCAGCCAGAGCCCGGACUUGAACCCAAUCUAACAUCUCUGGUGAGACCUGAAAAUAGCAGUUUGAGAGAAGAAUGGUAGAAACUCCCCAAAUAUAGGAUGCCAAGUUUGUAGCGUCAUACCCAUGAAGACUGGAGGCUGUAAUCGCCAUCUAAGGUGUUUCAACAAAAUACAUAGUAAAAGGUCUGAAUACUUAUGUAGAUUUUUCAGUUUAUUAUUUUAAUAAAUUAGAAGGAAAAAGGUGUUUUUGCUUUGUCA